CCGGACAACGGCGAUGACCGCAGAACCAUCACAGACAACGGAGACGACCGAGAAAACACUGAACGAACCGCCCUUGAGUUUAUCAGCUCAAGGGGAUGCUUUUAUUUAUUGAUGCUGGAAACAAUGAUAAUGAUCAUUUCAAAAGUAAUAAAUACAGAACAGUGGAAUUCUAUACUCAUUUAAUUUCAUACAAGCUAUAUGUCUGCGAAAAGUCAGUGGCAACCAAAAUAUUUAGGAAUGUGUUCCAUGCUAUAUUCAAAUGCCUGUUGACUCAUCUCCUUUGAAUUCCUCUUAAGUUGAUACUAACUCGGUCACAAAUGUGUUAACUUCAGUUAUACUAUAGCGCAUUGCAUGGCUGCCCUUUCUGUAGGUUUGAAUCAAUACGAAUUCUGCUUGUAAUUACACAAUACUCAAGGGCUCACUGAGAAAAUGAAGCAUUGUGCACAUUUAUUUCCUGGUUCAAAGCUUGCUGGGAAAUUCAUGAAACAGUUAUUUAUUUCGCAAAUUCUCUGCAAUGCUAGCCAGAUCUAUUAACCCAAAAUGUGGCUCUGAACUGCAAACAUAUCAACACACAAAUUACACGCAUAAGUAGAUAAUGCCAUAAAUAUAUAAUGCCGCAGACAGAUUGUAUAUAUGAUGAGUUUAGUUCAUUUUGUUUUGAUUGAAUUACCACUUAAAGUGAUAAUUAAUUUAGAAAUAGUAUAUUAAGACAGAUAAAUAUUAUAUUAAGAAAUGAACUAAUAUAUUUACUUACCUGCUGUUUUCACAAGGGGACAAAGAUGGUGGCUUAACAUUAUUUUAACAAAACUAUUUUCAGUAGUUGCAUUUGUGAAAAAACAAACCAUGUAUCAUUCGGAGUCUUAAACUCUGGAGAUGUGUUCAUUUUCACACUGGAGUGGAGCUUAUUUCAUUUAGUUUUAUUUUAUUUUUCCAGUACUAUCUGUAGCUUCAUAUCAGAAACACUGCUUUGUGAAUGUCAUUUUUGAGCUCUUUAAAUCAACCAUCAAUCAUCUGUGUUCAAGGGGGGCAGUGAAUUAUUGGGAAUGGGAGGUCACUGCGUGAACGUUAAGGAUAAUGUUGCAAGAGAGGGAUACUAUUGUUAGGUAACUUCCAUAAAGCUAUAUAAAGGCUUUAAACUAGAAAGAGUCUUUGGAAGUUUGUCCAUCAUUGACAGCCAUUUUACCCCACAAAAUGUUUUUCAUUUUCUUUUUUUCCUUUUAGAAGUUGUUGUAUUUUAUUUUUUUGUACUAUGUGCGCGCGCGCGUGCCUACGUGUGUGUGUUGGACUGUAUUACACGUUAAUUUUGGGAAAUAGGUACAUAAAUACGUAGGGAAACUGGAACUGGAAAUGAGAGGGAAACGCGCAGUGAACAUAAUCUAUUCAAUCGAAAAAGGUUAAAAUAUACAAGCGCAAAGGAACUGAAAAUGAAUAGAACAGGCAGAUGUAUUAAGCAUGUUUCCGUAGCGCAUUUUGACAGCUCCGUGCAUAUAUUUUAAACUAGCUGUUCAGUGUGCCACCACUGGAGGGCGGUAAAACCCAGGCAUUGUUAAACUGGCAGGGGCGUUUCAACCAUUUAACUGUUAUUAUACAGUUCAAUGGUUUCAACGCACAUAUUGAGCUGCCUCAUUCUUCAUUCUUUAAUUCAAAAACCUUUAAGUGCAUAUUACUUGAAGAAACCUCAAAUCCCAUUGUCUCUAGCAGAUCACUGAAUGUUUCAGACAGCAGACAGAAUGUCAAAAAAAUCCUUCCAAUGGGUUACAUUGAAUUAUAUUUCCCCAGAAUUCACACAUAUUGUGUUCUCUUUGGUUUUUUAACCCUCUAUAUAAAAAAAUAUAUAUAAAUUGUGGUCAUGAUUACAUUCUGUUUACCAAAAUAGCAGUUACUAUUUUGUAGGAACAUGCAGAGGAAUGUACUAAGCAGGAUCACCAUAGCAAGUUAUUUUAUAGAUGCGAGCUCCCGUUGUCAUAAGGGAUAUUCCAUUGUUCAAUGUAUGUAAGACAAGGUAGAUUGCCUGUGAUGAUAUAGACUGUGUAGAAUGUUUGGCAGAUGCUAUCCUCCCUGUUAAGGCAGUAGCUAGGUGAUAAAAUAGUAUCUACUGUGUGUGUUUUUUGACACUUGAAGGAUCAUAGAAACCAUGCUGUGAAAUUAUAUUCUUAUUUUUGGCAAAAUCAAACUAUAUGUAUACUUUAUUUUUUACUUGAAUUCAAUGGAAACUGAGGCACAAAUAAUACCGAUCGGAUAUAAAAGAAUACGUACAUAUUUACAAAGAGCCAGCGACAGAAUAUCAAUUGAAUUAAUCAAUCUCCCUUUCUCUCACUCAUAUUUUCUUUCUCUUGUACUCUUACCUUCUCUUUUUUUUUACUCUCACUCUCUUUCCUUCAUGUUAUCUUACCGUGUCUAUCCCUCUCUUUCUCUCCGAGCUCAAUUCAAACCUCUUCAUUGUCCAUUCCCGACCGAUCGUUUCCUUUCUUUUGUUAGUUGUUCAUUCCAUUAAAGUUAUCAGUCCCUGCCGAUCUGGUGCCGGCCUCCCCCCCUCCCGCCCCUUAUCCUUACCCCCACCCGCCCAGCACAAACUUCUCACUCGCUUCAGGUUUCCCGCCUCUGUCUCCCCUCUCCGUCCAUCCCUCGCUCUCCGCAGGGCAGGAUGUUCCCACAGCACCGACCCAACAUUGACGCAACCCGACGCCAUCGCCCCAGUUCUCAGCCGCGCGGUGCUCUUUCCCACCGCACGCUUCACGGUCCGCGUCCGUGACAGUGCCGUGAUCCACCCCGGUUCCAGGCACACAAUGCCGUGCUCUUUGUGAAUUGUGUUUUCCUAGGUGCUGCUGAGUAGGGCUGGCCUAUCAGUGACUUCCUUUAACAGUGGGAGUCUGGUUUCUUUCUGCUCCUUCAGGUGUCUGUUUACACAAACUUAUUUUUUUGCACUGCUGUAUAUUAUUACAAAAGAGCGACAUGUGUUUGAAUGUUUAUCGUGUUUAGGUACUGCUUUCUACUGUUUUUCAGGAAUGGGAUGAAAAAAGUAUUUAUCAUGAAUAAUGUUUAGAAAGUCAGCACAAUGGUAUGAUAGGAUAAUAUUAUUAGUAUAAAGCUAUCCUUGUGGCAUGCAGUGACAACUUUCUUAAGUUUUUAUUAAUUUGUUAGCUUAUUUAUUGCGUUUUUUUAAAAACACUUGCUGAAAUGUUUGAAAAUAUGGCCUUGAUUUGAAGAAUAGUUCUGUUUUUAAACAUUUGUCUAAGUUUUUUUUGGCAUGGACUUUGUUGGAAGCUUAGGAAUGUUGCAGUUUUGUAUUUCACUAUUACUGAUGAAUUUCUUUUUGUUGUAGCUGGCAAACAUGUAUGUGAAACUAUAGAAGACAAGCAGAAACUGUAGAUAGACAAAGGGUCUGUAUCAAACGGGGUGGACUUCCAGUAUGCUGUUCAGAUACCAGAGCCAUGGACAAACGCUAAGUUAAAGGUACAACAGGUAAUAUUUAAAAAAAACAAGACCAUCCCUUCCUAUCAUUGAAAAAGGCUCACUGACAUGUUGACUCACCCUCUACCUGUGUUUAUAGUCCUUAAAUUUGGGUUUCAAAAUAUGCUGUUGACGGGCCGGCACUCUGUACCAAAACAUUCUAUAGCUGUACAAUAAUUAAAGCUCAAUGGUUGAAAAUUGGUUCUAAUUGCCACAGCCAAUGGUGUUUCAACGUCAGCGUGUUCACAGAGAAGGGGGAGGGAUAAACAGUAUUGUGGUGUUGAGCGUGUUUGUUGCUGCAAUUCCUCUCUUGACCGUUAGAAGUCCGAAAUUACCUAUUGUACCUUAACAUGUGUUUGAUGCUCUACCUUUAAGAAUUUUUUUUUAAGUGGUUUUCUUCUUUUCUUUUUUAAAUGUUGUUAUAUCUGACGAUUGGCCUGGAAUCUCAGAAAGCACUGUCUCAUUUAACAUUCAGACGCAAGCGUCUCAUAAGCGCCCCCCCUCCAGCUCACAGAGAUGCUGUAAACAAAAUGGCGUUAAAGAUACUAUGAGCCAUGGGAAGCCAUUUUGUGGUCACGCCCUCAGUGACAGCCUCAGUGUGGAGUGAUUCUGGGGGCCCAGUAAUCUUGGGGCCCUGGCCCGGGGCCACCUUCUCUAGAUGUUUGUGUCAACAAAGAAAACUGCCAAAAGGAAUAGGGAAGUGUGAACAGUACCGUGAAGUACUGUAAAAUAGUGCAAGAUUUUUUUAAUUUUAUUUUUAUUUUUUAUUUUUUUUGUAACUGUGACAACUGUAAUUCAGCUGGGAAGACUCAUAUUUAUAUGUGUCGUCAUCUGGAUGAAAAGAAAGAAAGCUUAAUCUUUGCUUUUUAAAAUGAUUUGGUAAGGACAUACAGUCUAGUGAAGGCCUUAAUCCUUUUAUGCAUGCUCCGUUCAAUAGUACUGUGACCUUAAUGUAUGCAGAUCACCAAUAAAGGAGAAUAAGGAUGUUUCUCACACUCACUCUCUCUGUCUCUCACUAUUAUGACAACUGGAUUACCUGCACCGUAAGGUAGUAUAAAGCUGUAUUGUCAGGUGGUCAUUGUAAAUGAGAAUUUGUUCUGAACUGACCGACUGUUUAAAUAAAGGUCUGUAUAUUCUGCAGAGUUGCACUGCGAGCCACACGUCUGUUGAGAUGGAUACACAGAUGUCAUCCAGGUUGUUCUCUCACCACAGUAUGCGAUUCAGUGUCCUGAUCUUGAUGCCAAUUAAUGCAUUGGUGCCUAUAGUUCAGGGGAUAUAGUUUCUGUUUUAAUCCAGUGACUCCCACCCAGGCUCAAAAGUACCAUGGGGGUAUCCAUCAUAAGUUACAAAGGCCUUUUAUUAUUAUUUUUUUUAUUGCAAAUCUAUGUAUAGUCAUUGCAUCUCAACUCUGGCCAGAGACACCCUACAGUACCUUCAGGGACCCCUGUUGAAGGGGCAUGCUAUAGUUCACCCCCUGCUUGUUUCUCAAGACUGCAUGUAUAGAAAAGUGUUUUGACUUCAGUAAAAUGCACCACUUUGGCGACAAAACUGUUUCUGUUCUUAUUAUACACACAUUAUUUUGCACUCACCUGCUCCCAUGAGCCCAUCUUCCGUGGUGUCAAAUAGCGGAUACAAGUGCAGGUCAUUCAUUAAAACUAUUUUGGGGAAACAAGUAUGCAAUAAGCAAAAUGAGCUAAAAUGAUGGCUAGACCUACUGAGAUUUACUGUAAUUGUAGUAGAACUAACGUUCUUGAUACAUUCCCAUGUAACCACAUGGCUAGAGUGACUGUACUACUCUUGUGCGCAACACUGCUUCAAUCGUUAAAAAGAACGGGGGAAGGGGACUUAGGAACAUGUGAAUAAAUGAUCGCGUUAUCUUUCCCAUUAGAGUUGUGUCUGUGUACUCACACCAGGUGGCGUCUCGGGGGUGUUGUAAGCCUACCACCACCCCUCUGUUUCUCUGGUCUCCCGGGUAAUGCCUAGAGCGCACAGACGGCAGUGAUUGGAGGGCUUGGUCGGGAAUGAUCUCGUUUCGCGCAGGGCUGGAAUGUUCCCCCUGCGAAAGGCUGGCAGAAAGCAGGCUGUAGCGAGAGACGGAGAGGGAGACAGAUACGGGUAAAGAGCCACAAGCAAUGAAGAAAACAACAACAAAGAAACAAAUACAAAUCUGGGAUACUUUAUAGAGUCGUUGAUGCGCAUGCAUAGAAGAUUAACCCAAAACGCAUCGACUUGAUUUGCGGAGAAAGGAUUUUUUAUUGAUAUUGCCACACGAUAUAGGUUCCCAUGGUGCCAUGUUGGGCCUGUGCUUUCAGCCACAGUGGGACUCACACCAGUCUGGAUACAAAUGAUACUCCACUACAGCAGCCUCCUGUGCCCCGUUCCUCAACAUGUCCUCUCUCCGUGGAUUCACCUGUGAGGGUUGUGCCCCAGAACGGUCAGUGAGAAGGGCGCUUUAAACUCCGAGUGCCACACCCCCCCUCCCUCUCCUCCCCCCCCCCCAACCCUGGCCCGCGCCCCUUCCCUCCCGCUUCCAUACGUCGGUUGGGCUCUCCACGCACCCCGGGACAGACCGAGACGCCACCCCUGGUCCCGCUGGACGGUAUCCCGCUAACGCUCGCCUCCAGCGACAGGGCUCCCAAACCUCCGGUCCCCCACCGCAGGAUGGCCCGCUUCCCCGUGUGCGUCAGCCUGCUGGGAGCCUGCGUCUUCUUCACCCUCAGGGCUGAAGGCGGGCAGAACCCAGAUCACAUGCUCCACGGCACCGGGGCGAAGCACGGCUCUGACCCCAAGCGGCCAGGAGACGACUCCACCGUGUCGCCCGAAGACGCUGCGCGCUUCCUCAGCUGCUACUGCUCCGGCCACUGCCCCGAGGACGCCAGGAACAACACCUGCGAGACAAAUGGCCAGUGCUUUGCCAUUAUUGAAGAGGAUGAACAUGGAGAGGCUAUCCUGACCUCUGGCUGUAUGAAGUAUGAAGGCUCUCAUUUUCAAUGCAAGGAUUCCCCCAGGGCGCAGACGCGGAGGACGAUCGAGUGCUGCCAGACGGACUUCUGUAACCGCGACCUGCAGCCCACGCUACCCCCGCCCACGGAGCAGGAUCCCUAUUUCGGCAGUGCCCAUUGGCUGGCCUUCCUCAUAUCAGUGACCGUGUGCUGCUGCACUCUCAUCGCCAUCACCGUCAUCUGCUACUACAGGUACAAGUGGCAGACGGAGAGGCAGCGCUACCACAGGGACCUGGAGCAGGACGAGGCCUUCAUCCCUGUGGGAGAGUCCCUCAAAGACCUGAUCAACCAAUCCCAGAGCUCAGGCAGCGGGUCCGGCCUCCCCCUGCUGGUGCAGCGCACCAUCGCCAAGCAGAUCCAGAUGGUGCGUCAGAUCGGGAAGGGCCGGUACGGUGAGGUGUGGCUGGGCCGCUGGCGAGGGGAGAAGGUGGCCGUCAAAGUCUUCUUCACCCGCGAGGAGGCCAGCUGGUUCCGCGAGACCGAGAUCUACCAGACCGUCCUCAUGAGGCACGAGAACAUCCUCGGAUUCAUAGCGGCGGACAUCAAGGGCACCGGUUCAUUCACGCAGCUCUUCCUGAUCACGGACUACCACGAGAACGGCUCUCUGUACGACUACCUGAAGUUCACCACCCUGGACACAAAGUCGCUGCUGAAGCUGGCGUACUCUGCGGCCUGCGGGCUCUGCCACCUGCACACGGAGAUCUACGGCACGCAGGGCAAGCCCGCCAUCGCCCACCGAGACCUCAAGAGCAAGAACAUCCUCAUCAAGAAGAACGGCACCUGCUGCAUCGCCGACCUGGGGCUGGCUGUCAAGUUCAACAGUGACACCAACGAGGUGGACGUUCCCCUCAGCACACGCGUGGGCACGAAGCGCUACAUGGCUCCGGAGGUUCUGGACGAGACGCUCAACAAGAACCACUUCCAGGCCUACAUCAUGGCCGACAUCUACAGCUACGGCCUCAUCAUCUGGGAGAUGGCCCGGCGCUGUGUCACUGGAGGUAUAGUGGAGGAGUACCAGUUGCCGUACUACGACAUGGUGCCCACAGACCCGUCGUACGAGGACAUGCGGGAGGCGGUGUGUGUGAAGUCCCUCCGGCCCACCGUGUCGAACCGCUGGAACAGCGACGAGUGUCUGAGAGCCAUGUUGAAGCUCAUGUCGGAAUGCUGGGCCCAUAGCCCCGCCUCUCGACUCACCGUGCUGCGUGUGAAGAAGACCCUCGCCAAAAUGGUGGAAUCUCAGGACAUCAAAAUAUGAGCAGCUCGCCGUCUCACAGCCACGCAGGGGAGGAACUCGUUGCAGUUUGUAAGAUUAUGAUUAUGAAUUUAUCGCUUCAACCUCGAGAGAAGGGUGGCGGCAGUCGGGACAGGGAGAAAGUGCCAGCCCCGCCCCUCAGACUCAAGCACUGACAGACAAUUGGUUCACAGACAGUGCUGAGACAAAUGGAAUCUCGCAGACAGCCAGCUAUUGGUUCUUUUCUCCCUGCUCUUGAGCAUCAGAAUUCUGGGAAAUUGGAAGAGAGGAGCUGUGAUUGGUGCUUUCUGUGAAAGCCAUUGACUA